AUGGAUCCAUACCACAAUGGCUACACCAGGCCCCCACCUAACUAUCAUUACCGUGAAGAUUUGACGCCAAACCAGCCUUGGAAUACUCGGGCAACGAUGAUGCCGAAAAAUUCCUAUGACUAUAGAACUGGCUUUGAGCAGCAUUCUCGCCGGUUACGACCUUGGGGCCUUCACAACGAAAGAACAGAGAGUUGGAACUAUGAAACAGAAUCAGCUAGACUUCAGCCGGAAGCCGAAUCGAAGGCACCAUUCUAUGUUGGGCCAGCUUACCACUAUAUUCAACCAGAGUAUUACCAUGGAUUCCGUCCUUAUGAUUAUGGAAAUUAUCCAUCGCAAAAUCAUAUCAGCCCUCACAGGGAUUUUUUAUCCCGGGCUCCUAAUACACAAAUUUCUUCUCCAGAAGCUCACUCUCGCGAAGGAACCGCUCUGAGAUCAUCAGUAAAAUCAUAUCAAGAUAUUCCUAGGCGUUCUGCCUCUCCAAUAUCUGCAAGAUUCUCGCGACGCCGACCUCGCAACUCGGAAGGCCGUGGAUCAACAGCUGCUGCAGCGACACGAAUGAGAAGAUACAUGCCAACUACAUCCAGAGUUGAGCGAGCCCGUCGACAAUCGCCUAUCGGGAGAACACAAUCCAAAUGGCACCGAGCAGUCCGUGCCUCCUCUAUAGAUUCGCGGCCAUCAUAUCGAUAA